AUGACCGUAUGGAAUGGUCAUAGGGAUGGCUACGUGAAUGACCACAGGGUUGGCUAUGUAAGUGACCACAGGGAUAGCUACGUGAAUGACCACGGGGAUGGCUACGUAAAUGACCACAGGGAUAGCUACGUGAAUGGCCACAGGGAUAGCUACGUGAAUGACCACAGGGAUAGCUACGUGAAUGACCACAGGGAUGGCUACAUAAAUGACCACAGGGGUAGCUACGUGAAUCACCACAAGGAUAACUACGUGAAUGACCACAGGGAUAGCUACGUGAAUGACCACAGGGAUGGCUACAUAAAUGACCACAGGGGUAGCUACGUGAAUCACCACAAGGAUAGGUACGUGAAUGGCCACAGGGGUAACUACGUGAAUGACCACAGGGAUGGCUACGUAAAUGACCACAGGGAUAGUUACGUGAAUGAUCACAAUGCGGGUGACAAUAAUACUAUUUUAAGUAGCAAAAACAAAAGAGGCAUAUUUGGGAAUGAAAAAUUUGUUUAUUUUUAA